GGUUUCACCCACCUCUUCUCCGCUCCUAUUGGUCGGCAUGGGUUUGGCGCCAAAACCUGAUUUCCGGGGUCGAAAGGAGGGAGGAGCGUUUCUCGCGGCGCGGCGCCGGAGGUUCCGCUGCAGCUGGACGCGAGUGGAAGCUUCGGUGGGCCUCGCGGUCGGAGGGCGCGGAGCCAUGUUCUGUGAAAAAGCCAUUGAGCUCAUCCGCGAGCUUCACCGUGCACCCGACGGGCAGCUCCCAGCCUUCAACGAUGAUGGAAUCAGGCAAGUUCUAGAAGAAAUGAAAGCUUUAUAUGAACAGAACCAGUCUGAUGUAAAUGAGACUAAAUCAGAUGGACGAAGUGACUUGAUUCCAACAAUCAAAUUUCGACAUAGUUCUUUGCUGAGAAAUCGACGUUGCAUAGUUGCGUAUUUAUAUGAUCGAUUACUUCGGAUUAGAGCUCUCAGGUGGGAAUAUGGCAGUGUCAUACCAAAUGCACUGAGAUUCCACAUGUCAGCUGAAGAAGUAGAAUGGUUCAAUCACUAUAAAAAGUCCCUUGCUACAUACAUGAGAUGUUUGGGUGGAGAUGAAGGAUUAGAUAUUACACAAGAUAUGAAACCUCCUAAGAGCCUUUACAUUGAGGUACGGUGUCUAAAAGACUAUGGAGAGUUCGAAGUUGAUGAUGGGACUUCAGUUUUAUUGAAAAAAAACAGCCAGCAUUUCUUGCCUCGAUGGAAGUGUGAACAAUUAAUCAGACAAGGAGUCUUGGAACAUGUUCUGUCAUAACAGUAUCCUAAAAACUUUGGGAAAACUUUUUACGUGUCUCUGCCCUUCUCUCCCUUCAUUGUGAUCCAAAAAAUUAGGGAUGAACCCUUUUUUUUUUUUAAAUAUAAUUUCCUCGUGUAUUUUUGAUUCCUGAUAUUCAGAAAAAUAUUAGAUUUUGUGUUUCUUAAUAAAUAGUGACCUAGGAAUGUGUUGGGACAGUGUUUUUUAUUGCUUGAUACAGACAAAAAGUAAAAUUUAGUUGGAUUUAUGUACAAUUAAAAAGGAGCUUAAGUUAACAGCCUGGGCAUUGUCAGAAAUACAGUUUCAUCAGUAUUACAGUGGGAGCAAAGUAGUAUUUAAAUGCCCCAGUAAAGUAGUUUUAGAACUCUUCAGGAACAGGAUUAACAAAGCAAGUUAGUGUCUACAAAAGAUAUGAAAUUAUUUUUGACUUACAAAUAAAAUACAAAUUUACAAAUGGCUAUUUUUAAGGGAAUAUCCAUAUUGACGAUAAUCUGACUAUGUCAGGGCUAAUGUUUCCAAUUUUCA